CAGUAAACAUGAUCCAGCAAUGCUUAGGAGGAACCCUCUCCUCCUCUUCCUCCUCCUCCCCCUCCCCCUCCCUCUCCUCCCACAGAGGAUGCAGGACAGCGUGGAGUGGUCCUGAGCUCUGACUCCUGGUCGCAGAGGAGGACGGUCAGGAAUCGCGCUCUUGGAUCAGUUUUUCUUUUUUUUUUCUUCUUUUUUGCUCCUGCUCCUUUUGGCGCGCUCCAAUUCCUACACCUCGAUUCAUCUCGACUCCCGAGAGCAUGCCGGAGCUCGGACUCGCACGUUUGGGAUGAUUUUCAUAAUGGUUCGCUUCAAACGCACAUUUUCACGGAGCUGCAGUUGAGCUUUCACUCAGAGCCUGGCUGGAUCCUCGCAGCGUGAUGGAUACAAAUGAGUUCACAGUACUGAAACUUUUUGUUGUCGGGAUUUUGGUCAAUGCCUGGAUGACGAGGGGGUUGUCAGCCACCGACAGCUUCCACAUAGAGCCCACUGCCCCCCGGCCCAAGAAAGCCUGCAACGAGUCCCGCCUGCGGUGGGAGGUGGAGGUUUGUGGAGAGGUCUUCAAGCGGGACAUGGGUCACAUCGAUCCACAAUACUGGUGUAACCUCACACACUUCAUCAGCGAGUACCACCACUUCACCCGCUGCACGGAGCUCAAGGCCGACAUCGUCAGCUGCUACUGGCCCAACCCGCUGGUGGAGAGCUACAUCAUCCGCAUACACAAGCACUUUUUCUCCAACUGCAGCGCAGACCAUGUGGUCUGGGUGGACCCGCCGGACGACACGCUCACCAUCCUCAUCCUCAUCCCUGUCUUCCUCACGUUGGCCAUGAUCGCCCUGGUGGUCUGGUGCAGCAAGAGGAGUGAUAUCCUGGCCUAGGAGGGAGAGGGGGGGAGAGGGAGACGGGCGGAGUUCGCACCUCUCCGCUCAAACAAUUCUGUUAAAUGACCCCAUGAGUGAUGCCACAAAUUACCUACAUUUCCAUGGAAAAGAAGAAAAGUAGUUCCUGGGAGUACAAAGUAGUAGUUUCUUUAAUAUAUUAUGUGGGAUUUUUUCACAUUUAUUACAUUUUCUGAUUACUGUCACUCAAAAUGUUCAAGCACAUUUAAAUACAGAAUUUAGUAGUUCUUGUCGGGUUCAGAAGAAAACAGGCUCCAUGGUUCUGUGUAAAGGAUUAAAAAGACCAGGGCACAAGGAACAUAACCCCAACUCAUCGCUAAUUCAGACAAGUUAAACAUUUUAAUUACAAUGAUUGGAUGGAGCCAUAUCCAUGUCGCUUACAUCCAGCCUUAAAAUAAAUGCAUCACUUACAAAAUACCCUUUGUACACAAAUUAUUAGUCACGUUUACCCGGGAAUUCCUCUAAGAAAACACGUUUUUCUUGCUUUUUGCAGCGAUAAACAGAGAAUCCGAAAAAAGGUGUAAAUAGAAUAAAUCCUCUCAGAACAGCAGGGUAUAAAUAGUCACGUUUUCGCAGUAAUGCAGGUGUUUGUGAAAUACUGAGCACGAGCUGCGUGAUAGUUUGUAAAGGGAGAUUGAUAAAGUUCUGCUGUUGUUGAACCAUGCCCCUCUUUACUCUGUUUUCCUCUAAAUGUAGGGUAACAUAUGAUAAAUAAUUGAUGUGCAAAUAGUCACUGUUCGGGUGAAGCUAACCAGUUGCUGUCCAUAGCUUGUUUUCCAUUGUACAGAUAUAAACGUGGUGUCGAUCUUCUCAUUUAACUAAAUUAUUUCAUAGAGACGGAGGAGGACGUGGACACCGCUUAUAGGGUGAUCCGACCAGUGGGACAACCGACCAAAUCUUUGGAAAUUCCUUGAAGCUCACGGAUCUGGACCGUUGACCUUGGAGAUUUAUUUGAGCUCUGAACCUUUUGCUGAAGGCCAAAACAUCCACUAAUCUUCUGAGGCAGUGGCUCAAGUCUAACCUGGUGGGAUAUGACUCCCAAAGACCACCAUGAUACAUGUGAAGGCUUGGAUAAAAGAACAAGAAAAGUGUAAUACUGGUUCUUCAAGUGACUGAAAUGGGUGUCGCCACAGUAGAGGAUCCACUGGUCAAAGACAAACCAGUGACCCAUAUAUUUUGGGACUCAAAGGACUGUUUCAUAACAGUGUAAAUUAUUAGACACUGUUGAGUAAAGUACUGUUAACACUCACAAAGCAUUGAAACCUCAUACUGUACAGUUUUGCUUUCUGUGUGUGCUGUCUACUGUAUCUGCAUCGACUCUCCCGUGUUAUUCAGACCAGUGGGAACUACACACUGAGGCUUUGGAGUGAAUUCCUUGGGGAACGGCUUUAUUCGAUGUAAGCACUUGGCGGGUCCUUUGAACAGCAGUCCUCAGCAGCCACGAGGCAAACCAAACCAAUCAAAGGCUUUUGGAUUUUCUCCCCAAGCACAAAGCAUCAAUCUCUGUACAUCAGCCCUCACCUGCACACUUUUGUCUAUGGAAACUGAUUAAAAUAUAUCUUAAAAAUCA